AAACAAAAUCCAGCGAAUGCAAUUCCGCCUCGAUAUGGUCACUGAGGAUUCUUUGCUAUCUCCCGAGCCAACAUUCAAGGUUAUGGACGACGGGGUCCACAUUAAUCUACAUCCAGCAGGACAAUGCGAAACCUCACGUCCUCCCUAAUGAUGAGGGUUUUCGACAGGCUGUAGCACUGACUGAUUUGGACAUUAGGUUGUUACAGCAACCUCCAAACAGUCCAGACCUGAAUGUUCUAGAUCUAUGCUUCUUCAGGUCUUUGCAGUCUCUCACCGAUACACUAGCGCCAAGCAACAUCCGGGAGUUGAUAGAAGGUGUGGAGGAAGAAUAUAAUAACUACGAGGUUGACAAACUCUCACGAAGCUUCUUGACACUCCAGUCAUGUAUGAUUGAGGUAAUGGACAAAGGAGGAGGGAUAGGCUAUGACAUCCCCCACUUGUAUAAGGACCGCCUUCAGGCAGAAGGUGGUCUAGGAAUCUCUCUAACUAUGAAGGCGGACUUGCUUGUAAAAACUAGAGAUCUUAUAAGAGCCUCUGAGGUGCACACUAAGCAGGACUCACUGCCCAUUCAUAAAAUAAAGCAGCAGAGCUCCAAUGAAAAGGAAAAUAAGAAGCGGAGCUUCCAUUCCGGGGAACCUCAUUUAGUGGGAGGUGGUCUUCGGAAUAUGGGAAACACAUGCUUUCUAAAUGCAACUCUACAGAGCAUCACUCACACUGUCCCACUUUUCCAGAAGCUCCGUUGCACCGACCACUCCACUCCAUGCUCAUAUGAUGAAGAUGGGUUUUGUUCUUUCUGCGCCCUUAAAGAACAUACGGAGGAGUCAAUUCAAAGACCUGGGUCUGUUUUAAUGCCAACAAGGUUCAUAGAUAAUUUAAGCAAAUUAAAUCCAGGUUUUAUACAAGGACAACAAGAGGAUGCACAUGAGUUCCUUCGUUACUUGCUAGAUAAUUUGCAUAAGUGUACCCUUGACAAUACUUUUGAUGAGAAAAGUAUUGUCAAGCAGGUGUUUGAAGGUCGAUUAAAGAGCCAGUUGACAUGCCAUGAUUGUGGCCACUGCCCGGAGAUAUUAGAGCCUUUCCUUGAUCUCAGCUUGGAGAUCGAUCAGGUUGAUAACCUUGUUGCUGCGCUGGAAUCUUUUACCAAGGUGGAGCAAAUAGGUGAUGCACAGAACAAGCUAACCUGUGAUAGUUGCAAUGCUGAAGUUUGUAAGGACAAGCGGUUUGUGAUUGAUAAAGCACCAGAUGUUGUUGCAUUUCAUCUCAAGCGCUUCGCCACACUUGAUGGUUCCAUUGACAAGAUUGACAAACAUGUGGCAUACCCAUCAGAACUAGACUUGAAGCCAUUCCACAGUAAUCCAGACAAGGAGGGCCUAAAAUAUGAUCUUUAUGCCCUUGUUGAGCAUUCUGGCUUACCUAACUUCGGCCAUUAUGUCUGCACCAUUCGUUCUUCACCAACCAAUUGGCACUUGAUGAAUGACUCACUUGUUCAUUCCAUUAGUGAGACAAGUGCACUAGGACAAGAAGCAUAUAUUCUGUUCUAUGUUAGGCAGGGCAGCUUUCCGUGGUUCUCAAAUAUUCAAGAGGAAGCUAAGCUGAAGAAAGCAAAGGCUGCAGCUGCAUCUAAAUCUUUGAAAAGCUUUUUGCAGGAUCAGAUUUCAUCGCAGUUAAUGAAGGGCAUGAUGACUCCAAGGAAAAAAUGCUUUGUGAAGGAACUAGAUUCACUGGGUCAGAACGCAUCGUUUGGCUAUUAGUU